AUGUCUCUCCGCACCCUCCACCUCCUCCGCACGAAGCCCACCUCCACCUUCCGCCUCCGCACCCGCCUCUUCUCAACAAACUACCCCCUCCUCUCCGACAACGCCCCCUUCGGAUUCCCCCGCUCCCCCGCCCCCCCGCGUCUCCCCAAAGAAGACCAAGAGAUCUUCGAGGAACUUCAACGCAAAUCCACCGGCGCAUUCAGCACCCCGCGCGUCAGUCAAUCGCCCGACUCGGAGCCCGCGGCGGCGGCGGCGGAGAUCAAUGCCACCGGCAAGGGGGAGGAGCUCCACCCGGACAUCAAAAGCGGGCCGAAGCCUGAGUUUGAAGGAGAGAAGAAUCCUAAGACGGGGGAGGUGGGCGGGCCUAAGAAUGAGCCGUUGAGGUGGGGGGCUGGGGGUGAUUGGAGUUAUGGGGGGAGGGUGACGGAUUUUUGA